AUGAAGUUCUAUCAGCAUGCUCUGGCCUUGGCAUUUGCUGUAAAUGAGAUCAAUGAGAAUCCCAAGAUUUUGCCCAAUGUCACUCUUGGGUUCCACAUCUACGAUAGCUACUAUGAUUCGAAGAUGACCUAUCGUACCACUAUAGACCUGCUCUUCCAUUCACACAGAUUCUUCCCAAAUUACAAAUGUGGUACUCAGACAAAUGUAAUGGCUGUCACUGGAGGACUCGAGGCUGAUGUCUCCUUCCAUAUGGCAGACAUCUUGGGACUCUACAAAAUUCCACAGCUCACAUAUGGCUCCUUUGCCCCUGAGGAACAGGAUUCGGCAACAUUUCCUACCUUUUAUCACAUGGUUCCAAGUGAAGCCCAUCAGAAUACAGGGAUUAUACAGUUGCUUAUCCAGUUUGGAUGGAGGUGGGUUGGGCUUCUUACUGGGGAUGACGAGAGUGGGCUACGUUUUUUGAAGACCCUGGAGCCCUUGCUCGCCCAGAAUGGAAUCUGUUUGGCCUCCACUGGAAGAAUCCCACACCAAGGCCAAUGGGAUAACUUGGGCGAUGUCAGCGCUUUACUCUCAAACAUCCAUCAAUCUUUCACAGACAGCAGAGCAAAGGCAUUUAUUCUCUAUGGAGGGUCUAUGACCAUGAUCUCAUUGAACAAUAAGAUCUUUCUAGGAGGUCUAACGUAUGGGGGAAAUGACCUGCUUGCAAAGGUAUGGAUUUUGACAGCCCAAGUUGAUUUCGCAUUAUCUGGGAUUCAAAGGUCCUGGGAUUUCAACCUCUUCCAUGGGGCCAUUUCCUUUAGCGUUCACUCCCAUGAGGUUCUUGACUUCCAGAAAUUUCUUCGUUUCAUAAAACCUGUUAGGAAAAAAGAAGACGAUUUCCUCGUGGACUUCUGGGAACAAGCCUUUGACUGUACAUUUUCCAGUUUUAAAGAGUCACUAGAGAUGAUGGAUGCAUGUUCUGGGGAGGAGAGGCUGGAGAGCCUUCCUGGGCCUGUUUUUGAAAUGCAAAUGACCGGCCACAGCUACAGUAUCUAUAACGCCGUCUAUGCUGUCGCACAUGCUCUGAAUGUCAUGUCCACAUCUAGACCUAACCGCAGAACAAUAGAUGAAGGAAAAAGCAUUGACCUUCAAGAAGUCCAUCCUUGGCAGCUCCACUCAUUUCUUCAGGAUAUUUCAUUUAACAACUCAGCAGGAGAAACAGUGUCCUUUAAUGGUAACAAGGAAAUCGGGGCUGGAUUUGAUAUAAUGAACCUGGUGACGUUGCCAAAUAAGUCCUUUGUGAGAGUAAAGGUUGGAAGGGUGGAUCCUAAUGUUCCUGAAGGAAAACAGUUCAACAUUCAUGAAGAUCUGUUUGUGUGGCAGACAGCUUUUAGCCAGGUGCCACCCCUUUCUGUGUGUAAUGACUACUGUCACCCUGGCUAUCACAAGAAGAAGAAGGAAGGAGAGAAAUUUUGCUGCUACCAUUGUGUUGCCUGCCCAGAAGGGAAGAUUUCAAACCAGAAAGACAUGGAUGACUGCAUCAGAUGCCCAGAAGAUCAAUAUCCAAGCAAGGACCAAACUGAAUGCAUCCCUAGAUUUAUAAUCUUCCUGCCUUUUGAAGGAUGUUUAGGUAUUAGUUUGGCUUCGGUUACCGCUUCUUUCUCUGUGACGACACUGUUAGUGCUGGGAGUUUUCAUGAAGCACAAAGAUACCCCUAUAGUCAAAGCCAACAACCAGGCUAUCACCUACACUCUUCUGAUCUCUCUUCUGCUCUGCUUCCUCUGUUCUUUGCUGUUUCUUGGGAAACCAAAUGAGGGGACCUGCUUCUUUCGACAACCUGCUUUUGGCAUAAUUUUCUCAGUGGCAGUUUCUUGUGUCUUGGCCAAAACUAUCACAGUGGUGGUAGCUUUCAUGGCCACCAAACCAGGGUCUAACAUGAGGAAAUGGGUGGGGAAACGACUGACUAACUCCAUUGUUCUUUCCUGUUCCUUUAUUCAAGUGGCCAUUUGUAUGGUCUGGCUAGGAACCUCCCCACCUUUCCCAGAUGUUGACACACAGUCAUUGACUGAAGAGAUUGUAGUAGUAUGUAAUGAAGGGUCUGCCAUUAUGUUUUAUAUCGUCCUGGGGUACAUGGGACUUCUAUCCAUCACCAGUAUGACUGUGGCUUUCCUAGCCAGGAGGUUGCCAGAUACUUUUAACGAAUCCAAGCACAUCACCUUCAGCAUGCUUGUGUUUUGCAGUGUCUGGGUGUCUUUUGUUCCAACCUACCUGAGCACUAAAGGGAAAUCCAUGGUGGCCGUGGAGAUCUUCGCUAUCUUGGCCUCCAGCGCUGGCUUAUUGGCUUUUAUCUUCUCUCCAAAAGUGUACAUUAUUUUGUUGAGGCCUCAGUUGAAUAACAAGGAUCUGCUAACAAGAAGGAAGAAUUAA